AUGGCUAGAACCAAACAAACUGCAAGAAAGUCCACUGGUGGCAAGGCCCCAAGAAAGCAACUGGCAUCCAAGGCUGCCAGAAAGUCCGCACCAUCCACCGGCGGUGUCAAGAAGCCUCACAGAUACAAGCCCGGUACCGUUGCUUUGAGAGAGAUCAGAAGAUUCCAGAAAUCGACUGAGCUGUUGAUCAGAAAGCUUCCAUUCCAGCGUCUGGUGCGUGAGAUUGCGCAGGACUUCAAGACCGACCUUCGUUUCCAGUCUUCCGCCAUCGGCGCGCUCCAGGAGUCCGUCGAGGCGUACCUGGUGUCGUUGUUCGAGGACACCAACUUGGCUGCGAUCCACGCCAAGCGUGUGACCAUCCAAAAGAAGGAUAUCAAGCUGGCCAGAAGAUUGAGAGGUGAGCGCUCAUGA